CAGUGAAGAGUUGAGUCUUUCUGAGAGGCAUUGAGACAGAGAUCUUCCUCUUUAAUGACUCAUCAUGCAGGAAGUGCAAUUGUUUCUCUUACACUGGGCGGAGACACAGUCUGCCUUUGGACUAAACUCACAGCUUCUACAAACGACAGCUACAAAACAAAAGACUGAAAUAUUGGAAUAUCCACAUGUCCAGCUGCUGCUGAUCAAAUGCAUGUUUCAGGAUAAAACACAAACCAACUUAAAACAACUCUCAGAGACCUUUAUAACAGAGGUAGGAAACCACACCGGACUGUCUUCCUGUUUGAGUGUUCUGCUUGGUGUUUUCAGCUUCGCUCAGAGAGAAAAUGUCUUCCCGGUCAGAGGAGGAUCUCUCCUGUCCUGUCUGCCAAGAUAUUUUCAAAUAUCCUGUUGUCCUGUCAUGUAGCCACAGCUUCUGUAAAGACUGUCUGCAGAGCUGGUGGAGAGAGAAACCAAUACAGGAGUGUCCAGUUUGUAAGAGAAGAUCAUCAAGGGCUGAUCCACCUCGUAACUUGGCUUUAAAGAACCUGUGUGAGACCUUUUUACAGGAGAGAGAUCAGAGAACUUCAGCAGGGUCUGAGCCUCUCUGCAGUCUGCACUCUGAGAAACUGAAGCUCUUCUGUCUGGACCAUCAGCAGCCAGUGUGUCUCAUCUGCAGAGAUUCAAAGAUACACAACAACCACAGAUUCAGACCCAUCGAUGAAGCUGCACAGGAUCACAGAGAGGAGCUUCAGAAAUCCCUGAAGCCUUUACAAGAGAAACUGAAGCUGCUUGAACAAGUUAAAGGAAACUGUGAUCAAACAGCAGAACACGUUAAGGUCCAGGUCCAACACACAGAGAGGCAGAUUAAGGAGCAGUUUAAGAAGCUUCACCAGUUUCUACAAGAGGAAGAGGAGGCCAGGAUCAGUGCUCUGAGGGAGGAAGAGGAGCUGAAGAGUCAGAUGAUGAAGGAGAAGAUUGAGGCUCUGAGCAGAGAGAUAGCAGCUCUUUCACACACAAUCAGAGCCACAGAGGAGGAGCUGAGAGCUGAAGACGUCUCAUUCCUGCUCAACUACAAGGCUGCAGUGAAAAGAGUCCAGCAGCGCCCCCUGCUGGAGGAUCCACAGCUGGUCUCAGGAGCUCUGAUAGAUGUGGCCAAACACCUGGGCAACCUGACCUUCAACAUCUGGAACAAGAUGAAGGAGAUGGUCUCCUACACUCCUGUGAUUCUGGAUCCAAACUCUGCUCAUCCAGACCUUGUCCUGUCUGAAGAUCUGACCAGUGUGAGAUGUGGAAAGAAACAGAAGCUUCCUGACAAUCCACAGAGAUUUGUUAAUUUCACCUCUGUCCUGGGCUCUGAAGGCUUUGACUCAGGAACUCACAGUUGGGAUGUUGAGGUUGGAGACAGUACAGGCUGGUCUGUGGGUGUGGCUGCAGAGUCUGUUGAGAGGAAAGGAAAAAUACGGUCUGGAAUAUGGAGAAUAGGAUUCAGUAAUGGUAAAUAUAAAGUCUUCUCCCCAUCAGCCCGACCAGUUGUUCUCCGACUGAAGACGAGUCUUGAGCGGAUCAGAGUUGAGUUGGACUGGAAUGACAGAAAACUGUCAUUCACUGAUCUUGAUAAUGAUAAACACAUAUACACCUACAAACACAUUGUCAAGAAGAAGUUGUUUCCAUACAUUAGCAGUAGAGAGAGGAAUUCCCAAUUAAUAUCUUACCAGAAGUAGAUGAGGACGACAAUGACAGUGAUGAUGACGACGAGGACGAGGACGAUGACGAUGACGACGAUGACGAUGACGACGACGACGAUGAAGACGAUGACGAUGACGAUGAUGAGGACGACGAUGAUGACAGCACAGCAUGCAGAUACAGCACUCGUAAAUGGAGGCACCGUUAAUCCAAUAUAAAAUAUUCUGUAUUUGUAUCAGAACGAUUACUCCAACAGCAUUGAAACGACUGAGAGCAGGAAAAGCAAUUGAGAUGAACAUGGGACUACUCCUGACUGUAAAAUGAAAAUCAUUUUAAUUCUGCUGUGUUAACAGAUUGAUAUCUUUUGAUGAAAUAUGAAACAUACAAAUGAUCCUGUCUCCAGGAACUGAUUUGACAAAAUAUAUUUAAUUUGAAUUUUCUCUUCAUUCUUGAUAGGCCUGUUCUUACAGUUUUGGUGCCUGGUUUCUUUGCCUCAUUUGUUGAUCCCAUUUCUUGAUAUAAUUUUUUUGAAUGGCUUAAUACAGCAAGUGCCUAUAAACAAUCCUGACAGAUCAUAUUGGGUGUAGAAAUGAUCUAAUAUUUGUGAUUUUGGAAAUCAGCCUGUUGCUAUUCUCUGAAAAUGCUGCUUUCAUUGUAAAUCACUCUGAAUACAAAAAACAGCUGAAGGCUCAAAAUGCAAACUUUAAAUUACUGGAACAAACUCGCCCUGUUUGUCCUCCACAUUUGUUUUAAUAACAGAGUUUUUAUGGCACUAUGAGGAUAAGCUAAAUGACAGAAUUAGACAGCUGAAUGCAUAUAUAACAUAUAAGUGUGUUCAUAGAUUUAAUUUCCAUUUUCAGGGAUCAGUUGAUUAGACUUCACAGUGUGCAUUCAGUCUGUUUUUGAUUGUGAUUGUGUUGAACUUUAGAAACUGCUGAAGUUAUGUGAUUAAACCUUUAAAACAA